AUGGUUCCUUUUCGACGCUUAUCGCAGAGGGGCCGUCGCAGCUUCGACAACCGCGACUCCUACGAAUGGCAAGACGAGCGAGACAAACGCAUCAUGACGGCCACCUUCCCCAUACACCCCCUCUCCUCGAUGCAGGCGCCCUUUGAGGAGUCGAUGCUCGACGCCACUGGCGAAACGGGGCACGUUCCCUUCGCGAUUCCCAAGAAGAGCGUUAAGACGCGACAGCAAAUGCUGUGCAGAGAGGAGAAUGCCUCUGAGCCCUCGUGGAACUUCACAUACAACUGCCACUGGAGGAGCAACGCAAAGGGCAAAUUUCAUCCCCUAACAAAGACGGUCGCGCAGAUCAUCUUUGGUGUCCACCUGCUGCAUCAGCAUCUGGAAAAGUCCGUCGCCGAUGUCGCCGACAUAUUGCUCAAGCAUGUCAAUGAGCUCGACAGUUUCCUGCAGCGGGCGAAUGAAGACCUCGAAAGCAGUAUGAAGGACAUGCUGUUCCGGCAUAAAUGUCUAAAGGUGCCCAUGGAACACGUAAACGAAUUCGAUCGCCUCCUCGAAGACCGCUCAUACCGCGCCCAACUCCUCGACGGCAACAUCGUAAUCGAACGCACGAUUGGGCGCAUGUCGCAACUGCUCAACGACUACCUGAUCGACAUCAACGUAUUUCGCGAAGCCAACCAGGAGCUCGAUCUAUACCUAGGCGAUGUGGGAGACGAAUGGACAUACCGCAAUGAGGAUAUUGGGCGCAUAUAUUCAGCCAUGUGUGGCAACACCGGAGGCUGGUCGCAAUUCUUGCAAAGCCUCGUAGCAAAGGCUGAAAGGCUGGGCGUUGUGCUCGUACAGGUCAGCAGCUAUUGCAAUGAGAUCGAGAAGCGGUGUGGCGCUGCAAGUCGCCGAAGUUUGAUUGCGACACGUACAUCUUCACGAAAUUCGUCCAAUUCGCGCGAGGCACGCCCAUUUCGAAACUUUGCCAACAACAAACCUCUUCCAACCCCCCCACCCGAACGUCCACCAUUCAUGAGCGCAUCGUCAUCCGGUAGGGAGACGCCUGCCAGCUUUGGCACACCCCAGCGACAUUCGACUUUACGAGCGAGGCCGCAGCAGCAACAGCAUCAACAACAACAGCAGCAGCAGCCCGAGAUCACAAACGCAUCCGAUUCCACCACAGAGACGCCCAAACGGAGCGAAGACUCGUCUUCUGCGUCUGCCGUUUCCAACACAGACGUCGAUGUACGACGUCAGGCAAAUCAGUCCGGGUACUACCGUGAUGCCUGGCGCAACGAAGAGCAACGUGACGGAGCGACACCGCAUGCAGAGUCUAGUCGCGCAACACAUGUUCCGGGGCACCAGCAUAAAGUGUCUUCGCCAUCUAACCUAUCUGCAGAGGAAAGCGCAUCAGCAACGAAACGCAUGUCGGCGAAACCACAAAACGGAGAAUACAGUCCGCCUUUGACCGGCAAAGAUUCGGCAUAUUGUUCUGUGUCGGGCGCCUCAGCCGUGUCACCGGGCUACGCAUCGCCACGCUCCGUGUCCUCCAUGUCCUCGCGACAAACUGCCCAAUUUGGUCUUUUCCCUAGUCGAAACUUGAGUACGCCGAAAGGUUCCAUGUCGAGUCGACUAGGUGCCAGCUCUCCUACGUUCAAUCGUCCUGAGCAAACCCCCAAGGCUGCGGACAUGCCAAGCCGACCACCAACCUCUCUGUCCACGUUCUCAGAUGCUUCGAACAAGCGACUUUCCAAGCGAAGUAGCUUCUCAUCUCUCAAACGGCUAUUCACCAAGAAGAAAUCUGGCGAUAUAGGUCCCAUCGCCGAGUGA